UUGAUUAAACAAUAGCGGGCGCGGACUAUAAAUAAAUCGUUGGCAAACGCCAUAUGCUGCGUUCUCGAUUUGUUUACAUCAAUCUAACGUUAGCACAUUAUACUACAACUAAACCUAACUUUUUGUAAAUUUUUUCUUAUUUUUUAUCAGAAAUAUUUUGGAGGGAUGCCCAUGGAGUUGCAAGAAGCUAAAGUUUAAACUCAAAAAAGGACAAAGAUCCUUAAGAAAUAAGAAUUUUCUAGUGGAAAUGAUUUUAUUAACACCAAUAAUUAUUACCUCAUUGCCCCUGUUCAUUUAUGUAUUAUUCUCAAAAUUUAAAAAAAAAUGGGAUCCCAGGCAAGAAAUUGUCUUUGAAAGUGAAAACUUUAUUAUAGUUAAUAAACAGCCUGAUUUAAAAAUAAAUAGUAACAAGAAGAGUGAGCCAACAGUUCAGACACUACUCAAGCAGAUAUAUCCUAAUUUAGCAAAUAAGAGGCUGUUCCAUGAGUUUUACUUCCCUCACAGACUUGAUUAUUCUACUAGUGGCAUACUCUGUAUUCCAAAGACUAAACAUGCUUGCAAAAAGACAUCAGAGGCAUUUUCGAGCCGGUCUACUAAAAAGUAUUAUAUAGCAUUGGUCAGGGGCCUAGUUUCUCAGAUAAUUGUUGACAUAAACAUACCUAUUGGAGAAGAUAUUAAAAAUCCUGACAUCCAAAAGAUGUGCACAGCUAUUGAAGGCAAUGGUAAUUGUAAAUUGCCUAGAAAUGCUCAAACAAUCAUUACAGUGUUGGAAGUGGGGUUCUUCAAUGAUUAUUUUGCCACAAAGGUAUUGUGCCGCCCAGUGACAGGGAGGAGACACCAGAUCAGAGUUCACUGUUGCCAUUUGGGACACACAAUUGUUGGUGAUUAUACUUACAGCAAUAGAAAAGAUGUCUACCCUACACGAAUGUACCUACACUCUCUUAGGUUAGUACUACCAACUGAUAUAGAAUAUUUAGAUAUAUCAACGAAAGAUCCAUUUGAAAAUAUUCAAGAAUGGAAAAUUUUAAAAGUUAUACAGAAUUUACAGUCAGGUUAUAUAAAUUUAGAUAAUUAUAAUACUGGAUGAAGUUAGUAGUAUGGGACAAAAGGUUUAAAUGCUGUUUUGCUUUUGAAAAUGCGUAUGAAUUUUAAAAAUUGAUGAGGGUUAUUAAGUACGUAAUAUAGAAUGAGAGUAAAAGUUUAAAUUACAGAAUGUAGUGUAACAAAUAUAUUUUGAA